AAUGCCCCCUGUCAUUAUAAAUUCUUUCAAAAAAAUUGUUCCAACUGGAAUUUCUCCACUAUUUUAAUACAACGCAUUUAAAUUCAAAACUUGAGAAAAGAAAAGAGAAAGAAACAAAAAACCCCCUUCAAGUCGUUCUCACUUCUAGCUAGUCCACCUCCUCUUCUCCCAUCACACUCUCUCUCUAUUCUGCAACUCUUCUUUGUCUUAAAGAAGAAGAAACGGAGCUUUCUCUCUUCAUCGUUCAUCCUCUUUUCCACACUCAGACCACGCACGUGUAUGUGUGUGAAUAAGCUUGUUCGGCAAAGAGCAUUCGCAUUCUCCUGGAAAAAGCGUUAACAAAUUUUGAAAAAAAGAAAAAUCAAACGAUGUUCUUCACUUUACUGGUUCGCACCAUGUGAUUUCUGACACAUUCUUCCUCUUCUAUUAUUUCCUUGUAUUAUCUUUUACUUCUUAUAUAAGUACGCAUUGCUUGAACUAAAGCAACAGAUACAUAGUGUUUUAGGUUCGGAUUUUUUUUUGGGUGAGAAAUGGCGGCCUCAUCUUCUAGAGGAAGAAGCAGCUCACCGUUUCAUUAUCGAAAACCUUCGAGUCCGUACUCUUCUACGUCUUCUUCAUCGUCGAUGAUGAACGGUCGGUUAAUGCCGCGUUCGUGCUCCUCUUCUACGACAUCGUUUCACGGCGGUGGUGGUGGCGGUUACGCCUCUAGAUCCACGACUCCCAGCCGGAAUAGAGGCGAUUAUCCUCUGAGCCGGACGCCGGUGAGUUAUCCGUCGGUGGAAGACCAGCUGGUUGGGGAACCGGUAGAUGAUGCUCCGAGAUCGGGGGACAGCAUUUCCGUGACAAUUAGAUUUCGGCCUUUGAGUGAAAGGGAAUAUCAGAGAGGAGAUGAAAUCGCCUGGUAUGCAGAUGGUGACAAAAUUGUGCGAAAUGAGUAUAAUCCCAUGACUGCCUAUGCAUUUGAUAGAGUGUUUGGGCCUAAUACAAAUACCGAAGAAGUGUAUGAAGUAGCUGCUCGACCUGUAGUUAAGGCUGCAAUGGACGGUAUAAAUGGAACUGUAUUUGCUUAUGGUGUUACUAGUAGUGGAAAGACGCACACUAUGCAUGGAGAUCAAAACGCUCCUGGCAUCAUACCAUUGGCUAUUAAAGAUGUCUUCAGCAUCAUCCAAGAUACUCCAGGUCGUGAAUUCUUACUUCGAGUGUCAUAUCUUGAGAUAUACAAUGAGGUGAUUAACGACUUGCUGGAUCCAACUGGACAGAAUUUGCGUGUUAGAGAGGAUGCACAGGGAACUUAUGUUGAGGGUAUAAAGGAAGAAGUUGUCUUGUCCCCUGGACAUGCUCUUUCAUUUAUUGCUGCAGGAGAAGAGCAUCGUCAUGUCGGAUCAAAUAAUUUUAACCUCUUCAGCAGCCGUAGUCAUACAAUAUUCACUUUGAUGAUUGAAAGUAGUGCACAUGGAGACGAAUAUGAUGGUGUUAUAUUCUCACAGUUGAACUUAAUCGAUUUGGCUGGAUCUGAAAGCUCAAAAACUGAAACAACUGGGUUAAGGAGAAAGGAAGGAUCCUAUAUCAAUAAAAGUCUUCUAACACUUGGAACUGUGAUCGGAAAACUUAGUGAGGGAAAGGCAUCACAUGUUCCUUAUCGGGAUUCAAAGCUUACCCGUCUUCUACAAUCUUCACUGAGUGGACAUGGACAUGUUUCACUUAUAUGUACGAUCACUCCAGCAUCUAGUAAUUUGGAGGAAACCCAUAAUACACUGAAGUUUGCCAGCAGGGCAAAGCGUGUCGAAAUCUAUGCCUCACGUAAUACGAUAAUUGAUGAAAAAUCGUUGAUCAAGAAGUAUCAACGAGAAAUAUCAAGUCUCAGAGAAGAACUUGAUCAAUUUAAAAGGGGAAUGCUUGUUGGUGUAAACCACGAAGAAAUUAUGGUCUUAAGGCAGCAGUUGGAAGAAGGACAAGUCAAAAUGCAGUCAAGGUUGGAGGAGGAAGAAGAAGCUAAAGCAGCUCUUAUGAGCAGAAUUCAAAGGCUAACGAAAUUAAUACUUGUUUCUUCAAAAAACACAAUACCAGGAUACUUGGGUGAUAUGCCCUCUCAUCAAAGGAGUCAUUCUGCUUCUGAAGAUGAUAAGUUGGAUGUUCUGCGUGAUGGUUCUCUAAAACUUGAUGGCGAGAAUCAAAAAGAUUCUUCAUCUUCUGCUUUAACUAUUCCAUCAGAUGCUUAUCAUUUUAAACAUAGAAGAUCAUCCAGCAAGUGGAAUGAUGAUAUUUCACAAGCUGGCAGUACUAUAACUGAAACAACUCAAGUGGGUGAACUUAUUAGUGGUUCUUCCUGUGCAUCAAAACUGCCUAUAGAUGAGGUAACCAUGUCAGAUCAUAUGGACCUGCUUGUUGAGCAAGUCAAGAUGCUUGCUGGAGAGAUUGCGUUUGGCACCAGUACCUUAAAGCGUUUGGUAGAGCAGUCCAUGAAUGAUCCUGAAAGCUCAAAGACCCAGAUUGAGAACUUGGAACGUGAAAUCCAAGAAAAGCGAAAGCAGAUGAGAGUAUUGGAACAGCGUAUAGUUGAAAGUGGUGAAGCUUCAGUUGCUAAUGCAUCUAUUGUUGAAAUGCAGCAGACAAUCAUGAAGCUGAAGGCACAAUGUAGUGAGAAGGGCUUUGAGCUUGAGAUCAAAUCAGCAGACAACCGUGUGCUUCAGGAACAGCUGCAAAACAAGUGCACAGAGAACAAGGAAUUGGCAGAGAAAAUUAUCCUCCUGGAACAUAAACUUGCCUCAAAUUCUGGUGACAAUAAACCGCCCCUUUCUGAAAAUUUGGUGCCUGAUGAAUGUACAGACGAGUUAAGGAAGAAAAUUCAGUCACAGGAAAUUGAGAAUGAGAAACUAAAGCUAGAACAUGUUCAGAUUCUAGAGGAGAACAGUGGAUUACGUGUACAGAAUCAGAAACUAUCUGAGGAAGCAUCUUAUGCCAAGGAACUAGCAUCUGCUGCUGCAGUUGAGUUGAAGAAUUUAGCUGGCGAAGUUACCAAGCUGUCAUUACAGAAUGCUAAAUUAGAAAAAGAAGUACAGGCUGCUCGUGAGUUAAGCUCUAGAAGUUCCAGUACUCGUACCAGCAAUGGUGGUAACCGUAAGCACAAUGAUUUUCAGAUCACUAACCGUAGAGGUCGGAUUUCUGGCAGAGGCAAUGACCCCUCUGUAAUGGUUAAUGAUGACUUUGAUUCAUGGGAUCUGGACCCUGAUGAUCUAAAAAUGGAGUUGCAAGCAAGGAAGCAACGGGAGGCAGCUCUUGAGGCAGCCUUGGCUGAGAAGGAAAUUUUAGAGGAUGAGUACAGGAAAAAGUUUGAAGAGGCAAAGAAGAGAGAGGCAGCUCUAGAAAAUGAUCUGGCAAACAUGUGGGUGCUGGUGGCCCGUCUAAAGAAAGAGGGAAGCGUUGUGCAAGAAGCUAAGGUUAGUGGCAGGCAGAAUGAAGAUAUGGACCAGAUGAGUGAUCUAAAAGUUGAUGAUGUUGACUGCAAGGAUUCAAUCCUCCAAGACCGGCCGGAUCAAGAUAACUCAACUCCAGCUUCUGCUGUUCCCAAAGAAGAACCUCUUGUUGUCCGCCUGAAAGCUAGAAUGCAGGAGAUGAAGGAGAAAGAACUUAGGUAUACUGGGAAUGGAGAUGCAAAUUCUCAUGUGUGUAAAGUAUGCUUCGAAUUACCUACAGCUGCAAUGCUUCUUCCGUGUCGUCAUUUUUGCUUAUGUAAAUCAUGCUCCCUUGCGUGCUCUGAAUGUCCAAUUUGCCGAACAAAGAUUACAGAUAGAAUUUUUGCCUUUACUUGAUAUUGCAACUCACACCCUCUUGAGAUAAGGGAUUUGUCAUAUCCUUGUGUUUACCUGCUUGUUAUUUUCCUCAAAUGGCAGGUGCCAUUCUUUCAUUAGUUCACCUGUAUGUAAUUUAUUGCAACAUGUAAUACUGUGUUUUGUUUGUUGCUUCCUCACCAUGGGACUUACAACACAAGUUCCCUUAAGGUGGGGAAGUUGGAGGGAGAGAUUGGGAGGAGUAAGCACCCAUGGAUACAAAGUUUGUGGGGGGUGUUAGCACUACUGCUAUUCAAAUGUUGCUCAGUGAUUUAAUGGAAAUUAUUAUGUACAGAAUAA